AUGAAUUCGAGAAGAAAACUGGUUCUUUUGAUUCUAACUUACUUGAUCCUUCUGACAUGUCACGUGAACUAUUUCUACAUGAAGACUCACUCGUUUGACUCCCUCAUGAAGUAUCUAAACUGGGGAGCAGGAAAAAACUCAAAGAAUUCUGAUGAUGUGUAUGCUGAAAAUGGAUGGAUAAAGGACAGUGGGGUGAAAAAGUGGGGAUUCUUCCCUGAAAACGAAACUUCAGUAGACGUUGAGGCUGUGCUGGCCCAGCGACUAUUCACCCUGCAAGAACACUGCGACAAAAACUACUCACCAAAUAAAAACGGGUUUGUGCCCAGAAACGAACUUUUAGAGCAGUACAAGAAGAAGCACGGAGAUGCAAUAAGUGUACUGUCGCCAUACAAUUUGUACGAAUGUAGGAUUGCAAAAACUGGCACAACUAUGCGAUCAGUUGUUUUGUGGAAGGCGUUUCACGGGGGACAAAAUAUUCACACUCAUCAUUACCAGCACCCUUCCGAAGAUCUAAAAGUGCCCAAACUAGACUGGUUUGACGCCGAAAAAAUAUCAUUUAUGACUAGACACUAUUUGGGUGUUAUUUUUGUACGGGAGCCACUAAUGAAAAUUGUAUCAUCUUACUUUAGCAAAUUUUGCAAUCCAAAAUGGAACAGAGUAUACGCUAAAAAGUUUGGAUUUGACGCAAAAUACAAACCAACGCUAGGAGAAGUUCUGAGAAAACUGGCCAGCGGUGAAAAUCUACCUCUAUAUUCGACCCACGACGACCAUUUUAUGAGUUAUUUUGACAAAUGUGACCCAUGUUUAUUGGAGUACGAUUUCAUUGGUCGCUUUGAAACUUUGCAGAGGGAUCUGAAAUACCUCAUUUUUAAUAAAACUUCUCUCCACGAAGGGUUGAGCAGGCCUGUUGAAGAUGCGCCGUACUCGGGCAAAUUCGAAGACUGCCGCUAUUCAAUUGACAACCCCGAGGCCUAUCGAGAUGUGUCAAUUGAAGAUGUGAAAACUCUGAUAAAAAACCAUAGACAAGAGUAUGCAGCUUUUGGGUAUGACGCGGAAGCUACAAUUAAAUACUUCAAAGACAAAAUUCUUGAUGUGCAAAUAGAGUUGGGCGACGAUUGA